AUGAAGGAGCUGCUGGCUCUGCUGCUGCGGGACCUGCAGGUGGCCCCGCCGGGCUGCCCGGCAGGAGCUCGGGUGGCCAUGCUGGCCUACGGGGCCACCACCACCUACCUGCUGCGCGCUGGGCAGGUGGGCAGCAGGUCCGGGCUGCUGGCUCAGCUCCGGCGCCUCUCCCCCACCCGCUCGUCCCGGCGUGGGCACCUCGCUGCUGCCAUGAGCUUCGUGGGGCAGCACACACUCAAGAGGGUCCGCCCGGCCGUGCUGGGCAGGAAGGUGGUCAUCUUCAUCACCAGUGGCCAGAAGCAGGAGCUGGAGGGCAUCGAGGAGGCUGCUCUGCAGUAUGAGGCUCUGGGCAUCGUGCCAGCAGUGCUCACCUUCAGCCCCCUGCCCGAGGUGCUGAGAGCUUUCCAGGUCAACAACCUCUUCCAAGUGGUGCAGCUCUCCAUGGCAGACCCAGCCAGGGAUGAGGAGGUGCUGAAGGAGUCUGUGCUGCCCUGCAUCCUCUGCUUUGACCUCUGCCAUCCCGAGGGCUGCACCACAGCUGCACCAUUGCCUGACCUGCUGGGCUUGGACUUGGCCUUGGUGGUAGACAACACAGCUCUGGAGAUGCCAACAGAGAGGCUGGAAGCCAUCAGUGAGCUCUUCCAGAACCUCCUGAGGCACCUGCAGCUUGCAGGGUCAAAUCCUGCAGGGCACAGCACCCGCAUGGCCCUGGUGCUGACAGGUCCCUCUAUCCCUGGGCAAGGUUUGGCUGAGAUCCCCUUGGGGGUGCCCAGCUCCGGGGAGGAGCUGCGGGAACAGCUCCUCCUGGCGCUGGUGCCCAGGGUGGCCUCGGCAGCCGCGGGCGAGGCGGUGGCAUGGACCCUCCAGCACAUCUUCCCGCAGAGCUCCGGCGGCCGCCUCCGUCUCCUCCUCCUGGUGGGGCCAGGGACCAUGGCUGUGUGGGAUGGGGAAGCGCAGAAGGCUCUGGAACCCUUCUCCCAGUGCGAGGACUUUGGGGUCCUGGUGGUGUCCCUGGGGCGAGCAGGGAUGGAGCAGCCAGAGGUGGCCGCGCCCAAGGUGCUGCCAGCCUGGCGGUACCAUGCCCUGCGCCUGGGCUCCGUCCACCCUCCUGAGAUGGGCUACGUGGAGAGGGCAGCUCUGGGCUUCCUCCGGAGGCUGCGGGCACAGAGCAGUCAGCGCCCCAGCAGCCCGGGGUGCCCCCAGGAGCUGCUGCCCCCCAGCGCUGGCACCAACGGCACCUCCUCGGGCACUCCUGGGCGGACCCCUGAGGCCGCUGCUGUGCCCCACACCAGGAUGCCCACAGCACCUCUUGGCCGCAGGGCUGCAGCCAUCACUCGACCAUGCACCCCGGGCAAGGGCCAUGGCUGCGUGGAGCUGGGUGCUGAUGGAGCUGGUGUGGGUGAGAGGAACGUGAGGAAGGGUCGGAAGAGAUCUCCGAGCUCCUGGAGUCCAACCCUUGGCCCAGCACUGCCAGGGCACCACUGAGGCAGGGCACUGCUGAGCCAGGGCACCACUGAGCCAGGGCCCUCAGCACCACAGCUUUGAAACCCCUCCAGGGAUGAGGACUCCACCACUGCCCUGGGCAGCCUGGGCAAGAAAUUGCUCCUCGUGGCCAACCCAACCCUGCCCUGGGGCAACCUGAGGCCAUUUCCUCUUCCCCUGUCCCUUGUUCCUUGGGAGAAGAGAUCAGCCCCGACCUGGCUCCAGCCUCCCUUGGGGUGCUGCAGAGGGCACCUCAGUGUCCUUGGAGUGAAGGGAAUCCUCCUCCAGGAGCUGGGAGCUGCAUGGAGCCACAGACCUGCCCCCACACCUCCCCACCCUUCCCUCCCCCCUACACCCAGCUACCGUGGGCUGACACUCCCCACACUGAGGUCCAGGUUGUGUCCCCCCCUUACUCCCGACCCUGGAGCGCAGCAGCCAGAGGAGGUGCAGGAGGAGCUGCUCCUGGCUGCAGGGAAGAGGCUGCCUGGAGGAUUGCACAAGGACUUGGAGCAAUCUCCAGCUGCUCGGGGGAGUGCUGGUGGGACAAGGUCGAGCCGGCAGCGGGGAGCGCUCAGCCCUUGGCACACUCUUCCCCCCCCUCCUCGUGCCCAGGGUGGGCGCUGGUGGCUGGCAGCCUCCCCAAUAAAGGCCACCUCA